CAAGUCACUCCAUAACCACAGUGGAGGUCGAGCAGCACUUCGAGAGGCGCUCCUUUGCCAUCCCAGGACCACGUGCCGCACAGCGUCUGCUAAACUCGAGGCCAUAUUCAUCAAGCGGGACGGACAACACAGGAAGCACACACAGCGCAGACCGAACCAUGGACAACACCUACAUGGAGCACGUGCACACCUGGGCUGACGAGGGUAGCCAACCUGUGGGAAGAAGUGGUCACCGAAUUCACUGCACGGAUUCCUUCAUGUAUAGUGUGGGAGGUUACAACCCCAACCAUGGCCCGCUAAGAGAGGUGUGGCGGCUCAACCUGUCAACGGGGCGGUGGGAACAGCUGUCCUGUCCCGCCACUACCCCAGAGACCAGCAUCUCCCACAGCCUCGCUAGCCACCACGGAGACCUGCUCAUGACGGGCGGCACCUCCUAUCCCUUCGGCAGCAUCCUGACCAGCGAAGUGUUGGCAUGUGACCAGCAGACCGGAGAGUGGCGCGCCCUACACACCUCAGGCCCUGCGCCCACACCACUCUACGGCCAGGCUGUGCGCAGGGCAGGAGAUUACAUGUACGUAGUGGGCGGCACCUCUGGCUUCCACUUCUCCCUCCAAGCCCACGCACUGCACUUGCCCUCCCUCACUUGGACCCGCCUGGCUGACAACGACGCCCCCAACAAGAAUGACGAACCUCUGGGACGGUACCGGGCUGAGAUCGGGGUGGCGGCCGGGCGUGUGGUGGUGGUCGGGGGCGCCUCCGCCUUCACUAUCUUCCCGCUGGACCAGCUGCCUGUGCUCAACGUGAACUCCGGAAAGUGGGAGGUGCAGUGGACGAAGCCUGAUCCCGUGAUGCAAGCGUGCCCGAGUCCCCGCCGCUGCCACGCCGCCGUGCAGAGGGACAACGAGCUAUACGUACUGGGUGGCACUGACGGCGAGGAAGUGUUCAGCGACAUGUGGCGCCUCAACCUGGUCUCCCUCGCCUGGACCAAACUCUCCCUCACGCUGCCCACGCCUCUCUACUUCCACGACGCUGCUCUCACCAAGAACGGAUGUAUUUAUGUAUAUGGCGGCCUGGACAGUGUGGGCAGCGAACAGCGCUCCGAGGCAGUAUUUCGAGCACAGCUGGAGGCGCCGCCCCUGCUGGAAGCUGCGUGGGGAGCCUUCACCAGCCACUGCCCAAACCUUCUCUCCACCGAUCACGGCUACACCAACAACGACUUGGUGGCGGCGGGCGUCCCAAGAAGCAUGGUGAAGCGACUAGCACGACUGUCCAAGAAGACUAAAGACCACUGAUGCAUUACUUCCUAAUUUCAUGAGAGAGAGAGAGAGAGAGAGAGAGAGAGAGAGAGAGAGAGAGAGAGAGAGAGAGAGAGAGAAAUGAGUCAUGUGGUAACAUUGCGGACACUGCUUGUAACUGUCCCCUGGCCUCUGUCUGGCAGUGUAAGGCAUCCCAUCACUCAAUUAAUGAUACAAAGGCUGUAGUUUCCUGCAGGCGAGUGGCGUCAUGGAUUCCUGAUCUGAGCAACACUAAUACUCGUUCGUGUUGAUCUCUAGCGUGACGAUGUGUCAGGGCUCACCCAGACAGGCGCUCCAGAGCAAGGCACAUCCUGCAUUUAAGUCAUGUCAGUGUCCAACGCAUGCACUGUCACAUUGCAGGGGGACACGCACGAGUAUGCAAGAGUAAAAGUACGCAGGCCAGCAUGUUAUGCUUUACCAUUUACUGCUUUCAUGUUACAUAUUUUAAUAAAAUACAAUACUUUUU